AUGUUGCUGUCAAAUUAUGUUCUAUUAAAUUUGUUUGUUUUGGGCUUGGUGGAAUAGUUUGAGUAAUUCUUUAUGCUCUAAAAUUCAAUGAUUCAAACUUACGUUGAAAAUAUGGAUAAGAUCAAAACAAUUUGGUGUAAAUACUCUUCUGAAACAUAAGGUCAAGCAAUGCAUUAUAAGUUUUUGUGUCGUUUCUUAUUGGAUAUUGGGAAACCUUUGGGUGGUGGGAGUGAUGAGAAUUUAUGGGAUGUUGGUAAAUUGGCUUCUUCAUUUAAAUUAUAAUGUGACCACUUUGGAUACAUUCAGUAUAAUCAAUUAAUAUACGAACUAUUUAGAGUAUGUUAUCAUGGUGAAGUGUUCAAGAACGGCACUUCUUCCUCAAUCAAGAAAGUCAAGUAAUUCAACAAGGAAAUGUAACUCCGACUGAUGUAUUACAGAAGAAACAGGUUCCUGUAGAGAAGCAACAUCAGUCCCAUUCUGCAUUUGAAAGCCAACUUCAAUAUAUUACAUGAUUAUCUGACAGUCCUCAUUUUAUACAAAGCAUGGGAGGCUUACUCUAGAAAACUAAUUAAGAAGCUCAACAUCAAAUAGAAACAAUUCACUGAGGAAGAUCUGGAUGAGCAGGAUUCUUCAUUCGAUAAAAAAUCUAUAAAUAACCAAUACAUUGAUUAAGAUUGUAAUUAAUUUCUUGAAGAUGAUAUUACACAAUAAGUUAUAUCAAAUGAUGAACCACGACCAGAAAAUAUUCAUCCAAAUACCAAUUGUUCAGAGGAAGACCAACCUAAAAAGGAAGACAUUCCUGUUUACAGAUGGCAGAGUGAUUAGCAAUCAGGAGGAUUAUUUGAAUAAGCCUUUAUAUCUCCAGAUUAAUCUUUCAAAAUAAGAAAAUUCUGA